AUGCGCGAAACCCGGUUGACAGUGGGCUGCUCCUUCCACGAUCAGCUCAACCCGUGGGCACACACAGACGUUGGCUGCAUUGUUCAAAAAAGUGUGCCCACCGCUUUCGCAUCGUUCAUAGGCUGCAUGUCUGUGUGUAUGCAUGUGUAUGUGUGUGUUCGUGCUCAUGGCUAUCGGGAUGUGGGCGGGUCGGACGAGUCAUCGGCUGAGGCGGGCGAUCGGGAUUGGCCAACUGGGCGACACUCGUGGGUGCAGCGACGCAAGGAGGCGAGACCGGCUCGGAAGAGGGACGAGGCGGAAUUGGGCUUACGAGGACAACCCGACAAUGCGGGUGCCGUUGCGUGCAGCAGUGACGACACUGCCGACGUCGAGCCGCGAGCUCCGGGCUUUGGGUUUCCGGCUUCGGGCUUCGGGCUUCGGGCUUCGGGCCGAGUGGUACGAGAGGCGCACACCAAACAGUGCGACGCUCGGCUUGACGGCAUGGCGACAGUCGUCCCGUGUGUCGGCUGGUCGUCCUGCUUUGACGAGGGCCGAAGCGACGGCGUAGGCGUUGCUGUCACAACGUCUGUCCCUCCUCGGUCGGUCGGUGGGUGUGUGCGGCCCAGGCGAGACAAGCGGACAGGCUGGCUUGAGGACGGGGCCCGGCGAGGCGUCAGUGGAGGCAGUCGGGGCCACCAGCCGACUCGGCUCAACCGGGGGGGGACGUGCGAUGGAGCUAAGGCGUCGGCUAGCCUCAACCCGAUCGGGGCUGACUGGGCAAGGCCGACAAAUGGCAGCAGAGCCGGGACCUCAACGAGUCGCGACCAGGCUGCGGGGGUAGGGGAGACAGAGCAAAGCGGCCAGAGCAACCCUCCAACGCAGCUGGUUACAUCGUCCUCCCACUCGAUCGCCUCAACGUCUCUACGUCGACUCGACAACGUCUAUAAGUCGUCUCUACGUCGUCUCUAUAACGUCUCUACGUCGUUUCUACAACGUCUCUUAGUCGUCUCUACAACGUCUAUACGUCGUCUCUACAACGUCUAUACGUCUAAACGUCGUUUCUACAACGUCUAUACGUCGUUUCUACAACGUCUCUACGUCGUGUCUACAACGUCUAUACGUCGUCUAUACAACGUCUAUACGUCGUUUCUACAACGUCUCUACGUCGUCUCUACAACGUCUGUACGUCGUCUCUAG